AUGGCUUGCAUAAAUGCUCAGAAGGUGCUUUAUAGUCCUUAUAUGUUCUUAGAAGAGGCUGAGUAUUGGUGGAAUAACUCAUGUCAGAGAAUGGAACCUAGUGGUACUGAGAUUACUUGGGAAGUGCUCAAGACUGUAUUUCUGGAGAAAUAUUUUCCUACUGAUGUGUGUAGCAAGAAAGAGAUUGAAUUCCUUAGGCUGACACAAGGAAAUAUGAUUGUGGCGGACUAUGCUAUGAAGUUUGAGGAGUUAUCUAGAUUAUGUCCUCAUUAUAAUGAGAUAUGGGCUAAAGAAUCUAAGUGCAUCAAAUUUGAGAGUGGAGGUCAUAUUAGCACUCGUUGUCAGAAGCCUAAGCAAGAAAAGUCUAGAGGAAAGGUUUUUGCUUUGUCUGGCUCAGUGACUACCAAAGAGGACAUAUUGAUCAUAGGUACAUGUUUUAUUAAUAAUAUUUCUUUAGUUGAUAUUGUCGAUACAAGUGCGACAUAUUUGUUCAUUUCUUUGGAUUGUGAAAAGAGGCUGAAUCUUGAGUUGUCAUCUAUGGGUGGGAGUAAGGUUAUUGAUACCUUUGUUAUGGGUUUUAUAACUACAUAUUUGGUUUGUUUGAAUUGUCCGCUGAGUAUUUUUGAUAGAGAUUUCAGGAUAGAUUUGGUUAGUCUUCCGUUAGUACAUAUCAACUACUAUGCAAAGAUAGUGAUGUUUCCAGAGUUCGUGGGAGAGGAAGACCUCUUUGUAUCUGCUAAGCAAGUGAAUGAGUAUGUGAAGGAUGACGGUCUCGUGCUUAUGAUGUUAGGUUCUUUGGAUGUAAAGGGUAAAGGAGUAAUUGGUGAUCUACCUAUUUGUGAUUUUCCAUAUGUGUUCCCUGAUGAUAUCGGUGAUUUGCGUCUAGAGAGUGAGAUGGAGUUUGCUAUAGACUUGGUACCUGACACUAGUCCCAUUUCGAUGGCUAUGUAUUGGAUGUCUGCUUCAGAGUUGAGUUAA